CACGUCUUUUAUGCAAUGCAAAUAUUUAGCAGGACACUCGUUUCAGCUGUGUUAUCGUAACUAUCAGCUGUGAAUCUGUGACAAAUCUUUGGGGAAGCUCCAGGGCUUGAUUAAAGCUUCACAACGGAAAUUUUUUUGUGCAAAGUUCAUUGCUUUAGGAUCUGAGCCGAAGUGUUUUGAGAGAAGACAUGUUAGAGUCCCUCGUUGCAUCGAUCUUGAAUGGAGUUCUCGGAAAAUACAUCAAAGAUUUAGACAGCUCGAAUCUCGAACUCGGAAUUUUUAGUGGAAAUGUUGUCCUGACAGAUCUUGAACUGCGAGAUGAUGCAUUGGAUGAUUUUCAUCUUCCCAUAGAAGUGACACAUGGCUAUGUUGGGGAAAUCUCUCUGACAAUUCCAUGGACUAAUCUGUAUACUGAGCCCUUGGACAUAGCGGUGCAUGAUGUAUAUCUGAUAGCAGGACCCAUUCGAGAGAGAGAAUAUGACCCUGUGAGAGCUAAUGCAUCAGAACUUGCAGCUAAAAGAAAACGCCUCUCCCAGAUUGAACAGCGGACUCAGGCCACAGACAUCAAUGAAGAGAAGCCAAAAAAUCCUGAAGAGGGCUCUGACUCCUUUGUGGACAAACUGAUAGCUCAAGUUUUGAAGAACCUUAAGAUUUCUGUGAAGAAUGUUCAUUUUCGCUAUGAGGAUAAGGUUACUUCUCCAAAUAAACCAUUCACUGUGGGCUUUACUCUGCAAAAUCUCUCAGCUGAGACAACCAAUGAAUUAUGGCAGGAGUGUGUAGUGGAUGCGUCAGCCAAAACUAUUUACAAGAUAGUGAGUCUCGAUUGCCUGGCUAUGUACUGGAACACAAAUCAGACGUCAACGCAGUUCUUUUCAAUGCAACAUUCUUGGAAGGACCUUAUGAGCCGUGAGGUCUCAAGCAAAACAAGCCUUCCAUCCAAUUAUGAAUUCAUUUUAAAGCCUUUGUCUGCUGAAUGUCAUGUUGUGAUGGACCAGUCAUCAGAAAUAGUACUUGACACACCUAAGCUUCUGAUUGAGGUGUUACAGCAGGAGUUAUCUCUAGUAUUUACCCAGACCCAGUUUCACAAUGUGAUGGAUUUGAUUGAAUCAUUUGAGUCAAUGACCAUCAACCAACGUUACUUAAGAUAUCAACCAACAUUACCAGUGAGGAGAGAUCCAGCCGCAUGGUGGAAAUAUGCAUACACUGCUAUUUGUGAGGAGAAAAUUAGAUGCUGGUCAUGGGAUCGCAUAAAGGAGCACAGGAGAAAGUAUCAUUUGUAUAAGCACCUUUGGGAGAGAAAGUUAAAAGGUUUAAAUGAGGAUGAACAGUCUUCCGUUAGAAAUAACAUUCAGUCGUUGGAAGAUCAACUUGAUAUUCCAAGUAUUUUGAUUGCAAGGAGACAUGCAGAAAUAGAAGUUCCUCCAAGUCAAAGGUUUAAUCCAAACAAAAAAAAGAAGUCAAAUCCCUGGUGGUUGUGGUUGGGUAUUGGGUCUGGAAGCUCCACUGACUAUGAAGGAGUCAUGAAACGAGAGGAACAAGAGGAGGACAUUUGGUCAAAAUUCUCAGUUGCAGCUCUUUCUGUUGAGGAAAAGGAAAAGUUGUACAAAGCAAUUGAUUACAAUGAAAGUGUGCGGGUGAAAUAUCCUACAGAGUUCAUUAAGUCAAGGAUUACCUUCAACCUGGACAAAUGUACUUUUGAACUCUUGGACGCAACAAAUUGUAAAAUAGCUCAGCUGGAUACUGAAGGAUUUGAUGCAACUUUAGAACACAGGCCGGCUCAGGGAGCCUUUCGGUUUCAUGGUAAGGUUAACAAAUUCAAGAUGCUUGGAUAUUCAGAAGAAGCUACGGAAAACCAGCUUAUUCUUGUUUCAUCCAAGAGCACCCUUGACGGAUAUGGAACAGCUCUAGUGCAAUGUACAUUGGAAACUAAGCCUCUUGAAUUGAAAGCAGACUAUGCAGUAUCCCUGAAGGUGGAGCCCGUUCAGGCUGUGUAUGAUGCGCACACCAUUGAUAAAAUAAUCGCAUUCUUCUACAUGCCAGAAAACUCAAAGUUUCAGGAGCUUGGGGAGGCAGCAGCCAGCAAGCUUCAGGACCUGAGACGGUGGACCCGCGCGGGUUUGGAGUACGCGAUAACUCAGCACGAGGUUACAUACCUUGAUUUAGAUGUGAGAUCGCCAUUCGUGGUAAUUCCUGAAUAUGGAACUCUGCAAAGGGAUGGAAGUGUUCUUGCUGUUGACUUGGGACAUCUGAAGGUGGUCAGUAACUUGGCAUCUCGGGACACAAGUGUCAGAACAGCGACUGAACAUGAAUUAGAGGAGAUGUUCUAUGACAAGUUUGAGAUGACUUUGGGUGAUGUUCAAGUUAUGAUUUUUAACAAGGAUGUGAAGUGGGAAUCAAUGCAAAGUGUCUCAAGUUCACCUCAUCACAUUUUACCCUCCACUGCUCUUAAAAUGAAGUUACAGAAAAGCAUUACGACUGAUAAUCUACAACUUCCAGAGUUUAAAGUAUCAUCGGUCCUUCCAUCGUUGCAUUUAAAGUUAUCAGAUGAAAAAUACAAGAUGCUGAUGAAGUUCUUAGAUCACUUACCGUUUGGAGUGCAGCAACCUGUGUUACUGGAAGAAAAGCGCGCUGAUGUCAAAUCGAAGACUGAAUGGAGACACAGCUCGUCAACUCUUUCUUUAGAGGAAGCGAGCGAUCUCGAAGCUUUGUUUAAAGACGCCAUGGUUACUCGAUUGGAUAGUAGUGAAGAUGAAGACGUUCAGUGGCAUGACGCACAAGAGUACCUUCCAGAAGAAAGUCCUGAGGAUGGCCACAUUCAUCCCGUUGAAGCGCAUGAAGUCGACAAGAUCAAAUUAGCAGGAGAUUUCACUAUUGAGAAGCUUCUUAUCACUGUGGACAAAGCAGAUGAACAAAAAGCUGUUGGUAAUCCAUAUUUAUCUCUGGAAAUACGGGAUGUUGGCACAGAUUUGGUCGUUCAUUCGUGGGACAUUCAUGCCAAAGUUAAAAUUGGGUUUAUGCAGCUCCUUGAUAACCACUGGAAAGAUGUUGAUGGUAGCAACCUUUGCGUGUUGAAUUCGUCAGCCAUAGAUGACUGGAUUACUGUCAGUUACGUCAAGGCUGAUCCAUCAGGCCCAGAGUUCAAAGAAAAGUUUCAGUCAAUUGAGCAAUUGAUUGAAAUGAGGUUCAGCUCGUUAAAAAUGACAGCCAAACAGGAAGCUAUUGCAAGUUUCCAAAUAUUUGUCCUGAGUCUGUUUCAAAGCGAACCUGAGUGGCCAACUAUUCCUCAGCGGUUUCUGGAGACAAUCAUGGAGGAAGAUCACCCCGAUGGCUCGGUUGGCAGAGAACUUGUGAAAGGUGUAGAUGAAGAAAAGAAGGCUCAAAGUGAUACUGAUGUUGUCAACUUUAAGAUUGUGGCAAAAAUAGAAGAAGUUACAGUAAUUCUCAGUUCAAUGGAUCGCCAUGUUGGAAAGAUGGAUGUCACAGGUCUUGAUGUCAGCGUAGACGUAGUUCCCGCUGAGGUGAACAUAACAACCAAGUUGAAAGACUUGGAUAUUAAAGAUCUUACAGACGGAACGUUGUAUCCUCAGAUUUUAGACUUGGCGGAUAACACAGUUUUUGACUGCAAGGUAACCAUAUUCAACAAGUCCUUACAAGGAGCCAUUGCCGACCAGGAUCCGACAGCUCUCGAUUUCUCAGUCAACGUAAAACUUGGAAAACUCCGAUUUGUAUUCCUUGGCUAUUUUGUAGCUCAUCUUCAGAAUUUUCUUCAAGCAAUUGCAAGUCCAGAAACAGUUGCAUAUGCCCAGGAAGUAACCCAGAAAGCAGUUCUGAACCAGGUUCAGCACAUCCAAAAACAGGGAGCUAAGAUUGGAUUGAACAUUUUUGUAAAUGCACCACAGAUCAUCAUCCCUUGCAAUUCAAGGUCGAGCGAAAAACUCGUUGCAGACCUCGGACAAUUGCAUGUUAGUAAUUCUAUAAUCAACUCAUCUCAAUAUGGACUUCUUGAUCGCAUGGAUGUACGAUUCAGUUCAUUUCAAGCCUCUGGCUAUUCUCAAGUGGAAAAACAUCUCAGUGAGUAUUUGAUUGAACCAGUCGAGUUGAAAGUCAUUGUAAAGAGAAGACUGGGGCUGGAUAAGAGCGAUCUCCCUUUGAUUGAAAUAGAGGGGAGUUUGGAGCUGUUUAAGAUGAACCUGGGAGUGAAUGAUUUUCAGAUGUUGAUGAUGGUUUUGAACGAUAAUUUGUUGGAAGGCCAGAACGAACGUACACCUGCAUCUAAAACUGAAGACAUGAAGAAAGAGGAGGAACAGAAGGACGAUCCUCCAGACAACACUGAUGCCAAGUCUAUGGAUGAAGUAACAAAUAUUAAAUGUCUCUUCACGCUGAAUAAGUUUCAAGUUAGUUCGCCCAAAGUUGUUGAUGGUGUCUGUAAGCCAUAUUUGGUUCUUGAAACAACCAACUUGAGUGCCACUGUCACCAUGGAAACAUGGAUCCUCAAUGCAUCUGCAAAGCUUGGAGCUAUUGAGCUCGUCGAUCAUUUGAACAAAGGUGCGGAUGGUUCGCCAGUAAAAUUUUUGUCUUCCUCUCAGGAUACAGAUCUUAUUUCUGUUUCGUACAAAAGGGUUGAUCCCAGAUGUCCAGAAUUCAAAUCGACAUUCCGCACCGUAGAGCAGCAAAUAAACGUCAGUUUUUCAACGCUGAAAAUAGAUUGUCUUCAAAAAGCUCUGAUGGAUUUGCAAAUGCAUGGCCUUGCUCUUCUGUCGAGUUUAGGAGACUCCUCAAGCGCUCAGAAGCCAGACAGUGCGAUUAAUACUGAUUCAGAGCAGAAAGUACAAAGUGUCGUGAGCCUGAAGUUGAACGCCGAACUGUCAGAAGUUGAUGUUCUUGUCAGGAUCUCCCAUAAAAAUCUGGCGAGAGUCAAGGUUCAAGGUUUAACUGCAGAAUUUCUUCUGUGGGAUGACGGAAUUGUUUUAAAGUCCAGUUGUAGACAGAAUGAUCUCUCUGUGGUCGACCUGAAUAGCCAAACCUAUUAUCCCAAGAUUAUCUCUGUGGAGAAUGAAAAUGUCUUUGACUUCGAGUUUAAAUAUUUCAACAAAGGAAAUCUUCCCAAGAGUGACCCAAGUCCUGCUGACCUUACACGACCGGAUGGGAACCUUGAGUUAAACAUUGGGAAAAUAAACAUCGUCUUUUUGUAUCGAUUCAUAACGGAAUUGAUGCAAUUCGUUGAGCCUUUAACAAGUCCUCAGUCAACUCAGUACGUACAAGAAACAGCUCAAAGGGCAGUUACAGAACAGGUGGAGUCCAUCCAUAGUCAAGGAACUCGCAUCGGCUUACAAGUGGCCAUCAGUGCCCCUCUUGUGAUCAUUCCACGUCACUCUCGCUCAGCGGAUAUGCUUAUUGUUGAUCUUGGACAUUUGGAUCUUCAAAAUGAAUUUGAUGUUCUCUCUACAUCACUAAACGACGAGAACAAAGAGGCUGUGUUCGAUAUCAUGGAAUUGUCUCUUCAAUCUCUGCAAUUAGCGAGAGGUGUGAUGGAUACAAGUUCGUCUUCGGUGAUCAAGCGACAUCUCAUUGAACCAAUAAAACUAGAGGCAAACAUCAAGCGUUCUCUAUUGCCUUCCUGCAACGAGAUUCCAAUCAUAGAUUGCUCAGCUACUCUGGACUUUGUCAAGAUGAAUCUGGGUCGACAGGAUUACCACGUUCUCACGACACUUUUUCAAGAAAAUAUGAAAGAAGCUGAAAGUGUGAUACUGGAAGACCAAACGAGACUUGAUCAAAGCAUGGCAGAGGAACAAGAGGAACGUAUUGACCCGUCUACCGUAACAAAUAUCUCAUCUGAACCUGGUGUACCCGAGGAGACUGCGAAAAAUGUGUGGGACAGAAUGGUGUUUUCAUUUGAUCUUGCUGGUGCUAGUCUUAUUCUGUACAACAAUGAGACUCCUUUGGACCCAUUUGAUACACAGUCGUCGGUCUGCGAUCCAGCUACAAAACUCUGUUUAUGUCAUGUGGAGGAAAGUGUAGUUACCGUGGUUUUGCCAAGUGACAGCUCUGUUCAAAUUCACUGUGUACUUAAUGGCUGUGUUGUCGAGGAUGCCAGAGAAGGAACAAUUUCUGCUUUUCCUAGGUUAGUGGACAAAAAGAUGGCGACACACUCCGGAGCUCGAACAUCUUCAUCCUCUAAAGAAAUGUGUGACGUACUUUUCUGUCAGUUACCGUCAGGGGAGAUGAAAGUCCAAGUGUCCUUGCAAAACGCUACCAUUUUUGUCAACUUUCCUUUCUUGUUCCUUUUACUGGAGUUCAUCACCAUUCCGCCAUCCGACGUGAAUCAUCCUCGAGAGCCACAAGUCUCAGUAGUCAGUCAAACCUCUCUGGAUGCUUCAGGUGUUAGGGACCCAGAAACUCCCAGGGAGGGGAGGGAUGCACAGAUACACAGGACUGAAAGUGGAGAUGUCACUUCUACUGAUGCUCCUAAUCAAGUAGAUGCUGUAGCAUCGCCUACUCAAGAGACGCAGCUGAAAAUUGUUGUUCAUGGUGUAGUGGAAGAUCCAAACAUUGUCUUACUUUCUGACGCUACAAACAAAGAGAGCGAGGCGCUUAUUGUUCAGGCGAAAGUGAAGUUUGAUUACACUUUGGAAGGAGUGAAGCAGAGUCUUUCAGCGGAUUUGAAAAAUCUCCAGAUGCAAGCUGCACAGUUUCCUGAUGUUAAAAGGACAUCUUAUAAGGUUUUGAACCCUUGUUCGUUGUCAUUUAAGUACUUGACACCGGCCUCAACUGAGGGUGGUCAAGACAUCUCUAUUACAUUAGAAGAAAUGGUGUUCGAAUUCUCUCCAGGACUAUUCACUACUGUCAGUAACGUGGUUACAGCAUUAACAGGACAGCAAAAGGUCGAUGAAAGCGUUCAGACAGUGGGUGAUGAGGUGGUUAGCGCGCCAGCUGACUUGUGGGAGAGUAAACCGGCCUCUGCUGAGUAUUGGUAUAAGAAAAAAGCGAUUGAAGACGCCAAACCCAAGUUGGUGACAAGGAGAGCGUCUGGUGAUAAGCUCAGCUUGACAAUUAAAGAAGUUCAACUGGUGUUGGUGAAUGAGGUUGAAGGUGCCCAUAUUCCUCUGCUGUUGAUUCGCUCAUGCGCGACAGGCAAAGUGUUUGAUUGGUCUGCUCAGCUAAAAGUUGAAGCAGAUGUAGCGGCACAGGUUUGUUACUACAAUGAGUGUCUUGCUGUUUGGGAGCCACUGUUGGAGCCGGUUGUAGUCGAAGACCAGAAAACCAUGUGGGAAGUGCAACUGAAGUUUUUCCUUGCCGAUGGAUACGUUUCAAGUUUCUCCCCGAAAGAUUCAGAAUUGUGUGACGAUACCCCGCGAGAUGUUACGAAUGCUCAUCAAACUGGAGAUGCGACAGACUCUGGUCUGCGCUCUUUGGCUCAAAAGAGAUCUUCAUUCAGAAGGAAACGGCGUUUGUCUUCAGAACGGCGAACAUGGCCAAGAAGGAAACAAAAGCGUCGUCCACGAAUAACCGGCCCAGCAACUGACGAUGAAGGUGAUCUUGAUUUCAACGGGGCCUUGACUACGUUCAUCCAGUCCACCCAGACGGCAUUCAUGGACCCGUCUUUGGAGGUUGAGAGCGACAGUGCCAUAGAUGUGGUUGAUGCGCCGCAAGAUGGAGUCGGGGCUCCUUCCGCUGACCAUGAUGACAAGCCGACGCAAGCCAUGUACAUGGUCAUCAGUUCACAUGAUGUUAUGCAAUUGACCGUUACUUCUACAGCUGUACAAAUUCUAUCUGAGCUGAGCGAGCUAUGGACGAUUGAUAGAACGAAGAAACUGAGAACAGUUCCUCUGGCAACCUUUGUCAUCCAUAACGAGCUUGGAAUCCAUGCGGCAGUGACAGUGAGCCAUAAGCUUCAGGUCUCAGAUACGGAACAGUUAACCGUACGUCAGAGAAUUCCGAAACUGCCAGCCAUAGGGAAUUCUGGCCUUGCAGAUGUCGCGGUAGACCUGGCCAAUAAGACACAACGAUAUCCACGUGACGAUUUUCUGCGUUCAAUAACCGAGCCAGUAUUUAAUCACCUCAGGGAGAAACUCUACAAAAUACGAAAGAAAAGAGCCUCAUCUGAUCCGGUGACUCUCGAUGCCAUCAGGCAGCGUAAAUUGUCCCUUCAGGGUACAGUUUCUUUCCAAAUCGGCCCAGAAGAAUUUAGGAAAAAACCUGCUUUAAGAAAGGGUCUUUCUCUUGAUUCAGCCACGACGCAGACGGACGGAAACACUGAUACCCAACAAACACGCACUGAAUUGUCCUCAGAGCGAGAUAAGGUCAAAGUUAGGAAGGAAAGCGAAGAGGAAACGUUAAAUGCUCUGCCACACCUUGAAGAACGUGAAGGGGAAGACAGUCUUGCCGAAACGCAAGUGGGUCAUGCAAUUGCCAACAUCGGUUCUUUGUUUGGUGGGUUGCUUUCACCUCAUCAUGAAAGAAAAAGCAAGGACAAGCAACGAGGAAAGUUCGGCUCUGAUGAUGCUGCGGACGAUGACAACAUUAUCUCUUUAACUGUGGAUGGGUUUUACCAUAUGAAUGUCAUCUCCGUUAGUCGCUCUGGAUCGUUCCUGCACGAGCUUUCUCCACGAGAUGCACCGUUCUGUGAGGCAAAACACAAAUGGUAUAUCGUUGUUCAAGUAGAUAUAAAGCGCGGUCGUAAAACAGUCACUAUUAGGUCACCACUGCGGAUCCAAAACCACCUUCAUGUCCCAGUGGAUAUUUUCGUUAAGAGACGAGAUUCAUUAGAAUCGGGAGAAGACCAUCCUUUCAAACUCUUCAGCGUGGAAUCUGGUGGUGUGCAGAAUGUGCCUUUACAUACGGCUUACAACGAAGAGCUUUUCUUUAAACCUGGUGGUACUGAUUUUGAUAUCUCAUCUUCCUCGAUAUCGUGGAGAAAGUUUUCCACAGGAGAGCCGUCUCACGUAUUGUCUUGUUCGUCAACGAUAACUUCAGAGUCUUCCUCCCCUUUUUUCAUCAAGGCCCUUUGUUUAACAGACAGCUUGAACAAACUGCCAACUAGUGACGACUCUCCCCAUCAUGUGAUCCAUUUGUACCCUCCCUUAGUCGUGCAAAAUAAACUUCCAUUUGAGCUAGUCUUAUCAACAGAGGGGGGAGGUGGAGAAGGCAAAGUACUCAGUGCUGGUGAUAAAGUAACUUUUGUCAAUGUUUGUCCUGGAGAUGAUUGCAAAAUAACUGUUACGCUUAAAGAUUACGGAGAAGCCAAUUGGGUUGGAGAUAUCUUUGUGAAGAAACAACGACAUAAAUCCCGUCAAUUACUUAUGCGUUCACAGAGAGACACCUCCAAAGAAUUGUCGCUUGGAGUGAAAUCGAUGCCCCAACAAGGGACAAGAGAGCUGUUGAUCUACUCUCCCUUCUGGCUCAUCAACAAGACUGGACUCCAUGUGGAGUACAGGGUCUCAAGAUGUGAACAAGUUUAUCGUCAGUCUGCUGUAGAACAACAUCCACUUCUUUUUAACUUCACUGAAAAAACCUAUAGAAAGGCCAAGAUCAGACUGCCUGGACAUCCAUGGUCGAGCAAAUUUUCUCUGGACGCUGUUGGAGAUUCUGGAAAGGUAACAUGCAAAGGAAGUGACUCAAAAAGGUUUGAGUUUAUCCUACAAAUUGAAAUGUCCAGGACAGGGCUGACAAGGGUUGUGACGUUAACCCCGAAAUACGUCAUCAUUAACAACACGGAGAUUUCGUUCUCUUUUAUUGAAAAUAUAAACAGAAAGGCUUUGUGGUUUGUUGUGGAACCAGGAGAAAGCAAACCAUUUUGGCCCAAUGACAAGUCCAGUUCAAUCGUGUUGAAGCCAACAAUGUCAAAGUUCAUUUCGAAGCCUUUCAGUUUCGACUCAUCGCACACGACAGUUCUUCGGAUUCCGGAUUGGCAGGCUCUCACUGUCGACGUUCAUGGAGAGGUCGAAGAAGCCGUGACAACUGUAGUGGUGUCACCUUACUCGCCUGGAAUUGCAACAAUCAGGAUUGAAAACCUGUGUGACGAUAUUCCGAUCCGGUUUCAUCAGAAAGACUGUGGGCAGGUGACGUUGCUUGACUCUAAGCAGAUGAUCCUGUACACUUGGGAUGAUCCAUUAGGUGUAAGAAAACUGCUCUGGAAACCGUUCAAGGGCUUAGAUAAGCCAAUUGAGGCUCAAGUUGAUGAGGACAGCUUCGGCGAAAUUCGAAUGGAACUCGAUGAAAUCUCCCCACCAGUUAAAGAUGACCGAAAUCAGUUGGAAGACAGAGACAGCACGUGUGGAUUGUUUUGCGGCUCGUCAAAUGCUGUACCUGUAGGAAUAGAUGAGGCGGAGUGGGAUACUGUGGAUGGGCCGGUGGUACACAGGGUUAAGAAGACUAUCUACUGGGUGUCUGUCAUGGACGGACUGCAAAGGGUGCUGAUAUUUGCAGAUGAUGAAAAUCUUUCCUGUCUGGCUCGGAAGUGUUGUGACUCUGAAGUUGUUACUAUGGAGAUUUUCAUGUCACUGGAUGGUGUCGGUUUGUCACUGGUCAACAGCAAACCUGAUGAAGUUGCAUACAUAACCUUGUCCAGUUCAUCCUCAGUCUGGCAAGUAAAGGGAUCUUCUGGAAAAUGGAAGACCCUCAAUCUAGAGUUGUCAACUUGGUUAGAGGAUGCCUGGAGGAAUAACGCAGAGGAAAUCGCCUUGGAAGACAGGGAGGUGAACUUAAACUCAAUGACUAUGACUCGCCCGUAUAGCGGGACCCUUCAAAGGUUGUUUGAACCUGCUUUGUGGUUAAAUUACUCCCGAUCAGAUCACUACCACAGUUUGCACUGCAGAAUGCAUCGAAUUCAGGUUGAUAAUCAGCAGUUCGGCACGGUUUUUCCAGUUGCUCUUUAUCCAUCACCGCUACCUUCUGCCAUCAUUCAGAGGACAGGACUGAAACCGUUCAUUGAAGUGUCAGUGAUUUAUCAUCACGUCCCUAAAGAAGGAAUGCACCACAUAAAGUACGCUAAGGCUUUGGUACAGGCGAUGAAUAUGAGAAUUGAUAAAGGAUUCAUUAUUUCUAUGGCAAGUCUUUUCAGUCAACAGAAGGAACUUCUAGAAGAGGAAAAUUAUUUCGAAGAAGACAUGAAACGAUGUGCCGUGCCUUUGAGGGAAACCAAAGCAGUAAAAGCCGCAUUGGAGACGCAAAAAGUUUUCCUAGAGUACUUUCAUUUGUCCCCUCUCAAGAUCAACCUCAGUUUUUCACUGGCGUCUUCGUUUGAUGAGGACGAUGAGGAUCAAGCUUUUGCUCAAGACUUGUUGGAUUUCUUUGUCGACUCCAUUGGGGCGACGCUCACAGAUAUUAAUGAUGCCACACUUAAAAUGGCUUAUUUCGAGCGAGUCAGUGCAUUUUUGACUCAAGAGAAUCUUGUUGCUCAGAUCACGCGGCAUUACACAAUGCAGGGUGUGCGUCAAGUUUAUGUUCUUGUACUGGGCCUUGAUGUGCUUGGCAACCCGUACGCACUGAUUACAGGGAUUGGCAAAGGAGUUAAGGACUUGUUUUAUGAGCCCUAUCAGGGUAUCAUUGCAGGGCCAGGAGAGUUUGCGGAAGGUGUAGCUCGUGGUGUUAGGAGCUUGCUGGGUCAUGUGAUAGGUGGAACCGCAGGGGCGUUUUCGCGCAUAACGGGGUCAUUGGGUCAGGCUGUGGCCACGCUCACGUUCGACUCAAAUUUCCAGAUGCGACGACGUCUGCGCAUGCACAGUCAACCUCAAGGUGUUGGUCAAGGACUGUUGAUGGGAGGAAAAAGUCUGUUGAUGGGUCUUUUCUUUGGACUGUCCGGUGUAGUUGUAAAACCCGUAAAGGGUGCCCGUUCCGAGGGUGUGGAAGGAUUUUUCAAGGGAAUUGGGAAAGGCCUCCUUGGAUUGCUUACACAUCCAACAGGAGGAGUUAUUGACAUGGUCAGCUUUACUCUUGAUGGAGUGAGAAGAUCAGCGGAACAGAACGGCGAAGAUAUCGCCUGCAGGAUGAGAAUUCCCCGUUUCACAGCCCCCAAUAUGCCUUUAAAGCCUUUCUCAGAGCACGACGCCAAAGGAAAUGGAAUCUUGCAGGGUUUAGAUAAAUUUGACGGCGAUGUUUAUAUAGACCAUAUGAGCAUUACAGAUGAGGACGAUAGUAUUGUGGUCCUCUUGACAGACAGGAGGAUAUUGAAUUUGCAUCAAAGGAAGUUUUGGCAUAGUUGGGAAGUGAGAUGGAGUUGUUUAUACGAGGACGUUGUUGGUUUCCCUUUGCUUACUGAAAACGCAUUAGUUAUCAAAGAACAGUCUUCUAAGCAGGAUCAUUCAACAAGUCUUCCCUCACUUCCUACUCACGACAUUGUGUCUUCAAAUAGGAUGGAACUAGAGACUCUUAAAACCAAGAUUGACAGCAACAUUCGUCACUUUCGAUGAAAAUUUGAAUCGUAACCAUUUCAAGUCAAGAGUGGUAGCUAGACUUGCAGAUGACACAGUUUGCGUGAGCAGCAACCGUGUUCAAGAAAAUUCCAUACUCUGACCCCACCAACAUGAGAACUGAAUUCAAUGAAAAAGUUUUAUCUAGAAUUAGUCGGUUAGUCAUCUGAUGCAGAAGUAAUCUAGGUAUGCCAUUGUUGUAUUUACAGCGUCAUAUGAAAACGUGAAAACGAUGUGUAGUUUCUUUCUCAAAUUUUGCCAUAGUCUUGAUUAAUUGGUAACAGUACUUCGUGUCGUCCGAUUCGGUCUGUAAUCAUACUCGUCCUAUUACCACGAAAGGUAAUCAUUACAUGGGUUGUAUUCGUGCAGUUUCAAUGCUGAUUAAUUUAUGACACGACGACCAUUUAGAGUUAAGAUAGGAACAAUUAUUUAAAAAAUGAAUUACAUGAGAUGAUUGAGUUCAGUAGGUCGGUACAGACAAGAAGACAAGCCACACGUGUAAGCCGCAGCGUCAGUUCAAUGUGUGAACUGAAGGUUUGUGAAAAGUUUUGCGACAAAAUUUGUCCAGGAAAUUCGCGUGCGUUUCCUCGAUUUUUUUGGGAAGUAACUCACACGGAGGGGUUUGUGGCAAAACCUUGACUCAGUGAUAUUUUGCUCUGUGUGUACCGACCAUAAUAUUCAUGUCUUAGACACAGUAGACAUAUAAAUAAUAAGUAUUGUAUCAAUUAUUUAUGAUUGAGAAUUGAAGAAAUGAAAAAAGAAAUUAACCAACUUAUUUACUUGAAGUUAUAACUGAGAGAAGGUUAUUUUUUUGGAACAUGAAAGAUUUUUAAAGUUAUCUUGUAUAUAUGAUUGAUCAUUGUCUCUUGAAAAGAGUCUGAUUUUCCAGUUACUUCUAUUACUUUCCAGUUUCUACUAUUUUGUUGGUUAUUGUUUUGUUGUUUUUUUUGCAUAAAUUGAUAACAAUACUAUAUUUCUCGUAUGAGCAUAAGAAUUACGAUGUUUUGCUUUGUAAUUUAAUUUGAAGUAUUAUACCUGCUCUCAAAUGUCGGCAUAAGAUUUAAUGCUUUUUUUUCAUUUAAGAAACCUGGCGAGGUCGCUCAGUGUUAGCCAGAAGUGGCUAGUCGGACUCGUAAAAUUUGUCAGAGAGCGAAAUCUGCUACUGCUUAUAACUGUCCGGUUUAUAGGUUCCUACGAUCGGAAUCUCAUUUUUAUCAAAUAACAAAGUCAUCUUGUUUUUCCCCUAAAGAUGUAUGAUUAUUUGAGUUAAUUUUCUUUUCGAUGCCAUUUAAGAAGUUAAACUAUAUUUCUAAAUACAUUAAAUACUGAUUCUUAUUUGGUGUUUUCGGUGCAGAUACUCGCAUCCUUUGUAACUGUGAAAGAAAAUGGCGGUUAUUGGAAAAAACCGCGAAAUAAAGCGGCAGCCAUGCCCUAAAUGUGUUCAUCCAAAA